CCGCCCCGUCCCCGCCCGCCGCGGCAGCCCCGAGCGGGAGGCGGCGGAGGGAGGCGGGAGCCAUGCGGGAGUACAAGGUGGUGGUACUGGGCUCGGGCGGCGUGGGCAAGUCCGCCCUCACCGUGCAGUUCGUGACCGGCUCCUUCAUCGAGAAGUAUGACCCCACCAUCGAGGACUUCUACCGCAAGGAGAUCGAGGUGGACUCGUCCCCGUCCGUGCUGGAGAUCCUGGACACGGCGGGCACCGAGCAGUUCGCCUCCAUGCGGGACCUCUACAUCAAGAACGGGCAGGGCUUCAUCCUGGUGUACAGCCUGGUGAACCAGCAGAGCUUCCAGGACAUCAAACCCAUGCGGGACCAGAUCAUCCGCGUCAAGAGGUACGAGCGGGUGCCCAUGAUCCUGGUGGGCAACAAGGUGGACCUGGAGGGCGAGCGCGAGGUCUCCUUCGGGGAGGGCAAAGCGCUGGCCGAGGAGUGGAGCUGCCCCUUCAUGGAGACCUCGGCCAAAAACAAAGCCUCGGUGGACGAGCUCUUCGCCGAGAUCGUCAGGCAGAUGAACUACGCGGCGCAGCCCAACGGGGACGAGCCGUGCUGCGCCUCCUGCGCCAUCCUCUGAGGGCGGCGGCGGCUCCGCGCCCCGGCGGACACGCUCGGGGAAAUAACAUCGGCAAAAAUUUCAUCGUGUUGGAAAUGUGGCUUUUCUCGGCAUGUACGUUUCGUCCAGUCUUGGUCAUGGCAUAUUUCCUGUCAGUGUCGGCGGCGGGCGCUGGAGCAGCCGGUCCCGCCGCCCGGGGAGCGGAGCCACGCGGGGAACCCGCCCGGGACAGCCACGGGGAGCCCGGCCAGGAGCGGUGCCGCACCCCGGGGAGAGGUGCCCGCAGCCCGGCCAGCCCGGAGAGAGGUGCCCGCACCCCGGGGAGAGGUGCCCGCACCCCGGAGAGAGGUGCCCGCACCCCGGGGAGAGGUGCCCGCACCCCGGGGAGAGGUGCCCGCACCCCGGAGAGAGGUGCCCGCACCCCGGCCAGCCCGGGGAGAGAUGCCCGCAGCCCGGAGAGAGGUGCCCACAACACGAGGAGAGGUGCCCACAGCCCGGGCAGCCGUGCCCACACUCGGGCAGCCGUGCCCACAGCCCGAGGAGCGGUGCCCACAGCCCGGGCAGCCGUAC